CUCACUACUACUAACAACACUGUUUUAUUGCACGCAGUCGCAUUUGUAUAUUAUUAUAAGUCGCACUUAUAUUCUUUUCCAGUAAUUUUACGUUGUAUAUCACAGAGUCAUACGAAAAAUAAAUUAUUGAAAUCCAUCGGCGUUACUUCGUUUAUUAACAAAAUAACGUAUUCAAAAUAAAUUUCUGUAUUUAGAGACUUUGAUGCAUAAUAAUGGGAAAUGCUGGUAGUAAUCAAGCAGUCGGUCAUGGCCAUACUUCAGGUAGAGAUCGUCACAGUAAAGAACAUGCACCACCUUCCCCGGGAAAAGAAGGCCAGGCAUUUGUCUUUGACAAAAAGCCUAAUCAGAAGCUAGUUUUCCAAUCGUCCCAUGAUGAAGGAGAACCUUAUUAUACAAAAACAAGUCAACAGGAUGGAGAUAAUUUUAGUGGGCCACGUCCAAGAUCAAAUACAGUGUCUGAGGGAACAAAAGUUACAGAUAGCAAAGUAUUGCCUACGGUUUUCAAAUGGGAAGGCGGUGGAAAGCAAGUAUAUAUCAGUGGAACAUUCACAGGAUGGAAAACAUUGCCUAUGGUAAAGAGUCAUGGUGAUUUUGUUACUAUUAUUGAUCUACCAGAAGGAGAACAUCAAUAUAAAUUCUAUGUUGAUGGAGAAUGGAGGCAUGACCCUGGUUUGAAAAUAGUUGAUAAUGGUACAGGUUCUAAGAAUAAUUUAGUAUCCGUAAGAAAGUCAGACUUUGAAGUUUUCCAAGCUCUUGCUAAAGACAGCGAAGGUGUUUCUAAUAGCGUUCAAACUGAAUAUGGACAAGAAAUUUUACCUCAUAAACCAUGGGAUAAAGUGGUUGGACCGCCAAUCUUACCACCACAUUUAUUACAAGUUAUCCUUAAUAAAGAUACGCCAUUAUCUUGUGAACCAACUCUUCUACCAGAACCAAAUCAUGUGAUGCUGAAUCACUUAUACGCUUUAAGUAUUAAAGAUAGUGUUAUGGUUUUAUCAGCCACGCAUCGCUAUCGAAAAAAAUAUGUAACUACUCUAUUAUAUAAACCAAUUUAAUGAUUUACAUUAUUCCUGCAUUUAAAAGUGAUACUUAAUUAUUUUGAAACGAUACAAAUUGCAUUCAUUAUUCAGAUAUCAGAAAUUGUAGGCAAGCUGAACUAUUAAUGACAAGAGGUUUGCUCAAUUGUAAAAUAAUAUAAUUACUAUUUAUUAAAGCUUAUUAAGUAUCAUAUA